GUCAAAGGUCAGCAUCACCAGGACCAGCUUGAGAACCGAAUGAACGACGAGCUGAGCACUCGAGCUUUGUCUCUCCUAUUCAGGCAGGUGGUCUUUACCGACCUUCCGGCGAUGUUGGAAACGUUCGUGCAAGACAAGUUCCAGGUCUUUCGGAAGACUACGGAUGGCUUGGAGAGGAAAGUCGAGGCCGAGGUUGGACAUCGCAAGCAAGCGGCGGAAGCUUUCGACAAGGCUAUUGGAGCGCUGACAAGCCGAGUUGCCUCCACCGAGGAGAGCAUCCAGUCCCUGGCAGCUAAAUUCAGCUCACAAGAGUCUUCGAGCUCAUCGGAGGCAGAGGACUCCAGCCCAUAUGCAGCGGUCAGCAGCCGGAGCUACAGGGAGGCCUUGCUGAGCCGGUCGGACCUGCAUCCAGACCUGCAGCCGGAGCUUUCGGAAGGCAUCGAAACGCAGCGGCUCGACCUUGACAGGGAUCCUGGAGCCCAGGGCCGGGGCGAAGUUGCGGAGGAUUCCCUUGCAGAAGCUACAGCUCAGUUGGCCCAGGCUGCGGAUGAUAUGACGAGACGCGCUAGUCUUCCGCUUCCGAUACCUGCGCGGCAUGUUCCGAGCACUUCCAACAGCAAUGAUCCGAGCCAAGCGACAGAGCAAAGUGCUGCAGACGAAGGAAGCAGAACCGGCACUUUGGAAGAGAUCGCCUUGCCCAGGACCCUCGAUCGAUCCGAGUCGCACUUCUCGCCGUCUGAGCAUUUCUGGGGCCCGCCAUCGGAGGACCCUGAGGUGGAUCACCCGAGAGCUGGGUUGUCGGAUGAGUCCUCGAGUCGUUUCUUCCCACGCAGCAAGAGCCGAACGAGUGCGCAGGCCUCUUCCCAUGCAUCGCCGAAAAGCACGAAGAAUCGAGAAGGCGCCAGCACGCGGCGCCGGAGUGCCGCUCGCAUGGAAAAGGCCGUGACUAGGAAGCAGACUGAGGAUGUUAACGACGACCUAUCUCCGACCUCCUCUUUGAAUAUGUCGCACCUAACAGAAGGCGGGGGUCGAAGCGCUCGCCGAACGAGCCGGCUCGUCCAGAAAGCAGAGGAUGCACUCGGGGCACUCUUUCGCAUGAAGGGCGGUGGCAAGGAUGGCGGCGACAAGAGCAUGUCCUUGGACGACUUCACCACGAACAUGGCCAACAUGUCGACCAUACAAGACAACCUCAAAGCCCAGAAGGAAGAUGGGGAUCGCCUCCGGGAGGAAGUGGGCAAUCUCUCCGGUCGCCUUGGAGCGCUUGAGGAGACGGUGAAGAAGCUCGCCCAGUCAGUGAGCCAAGUGCGCGAACUCUCCGACCUUCGUCAGCAGGAGAACCAGAGCCGGUUAGCCAACGUCGAAGGCAGAAGUGAUGGUGAGUUUCAGAGGGUGAUCCAGCUCGCGGAAGAUCGCGUCAUGGCCUUCCUCCGGGAGUCUGAGAUGGAGCGAGCACGACUUUGGCAUCAGAUGGCGGUUCUUUUCCCAAGAUUCAUCCAAGACGAGGAGGAUGGGGCAGAGAAGAU